AUGGAAGAUGAAAUCCGCAGUUACGGUGGCGGAACAAGUAGGCAGGUUAACAAUAGCAUUGUGGAGGAAGAAUUGGUUGAUUUGUUUGCCGUCCCCCUGACGUAUGAGAACGACGAAUUUCUAGAAGAGGUGGACGAAAUUUUCCGUUCAACUAGUAAGAGAAAUGUGGUAGAUAUUGUGGAAAGAGUAACCGAGGACAGAAAUACUGUGGUUGGGGAAAACAAUGGAAAACGGAAGAGGGAUUGGUUAGCAAGAAGUGGCGUUAGCGGUAGUGAUAUUACUAGGAGUUGUUCUGAAAAAUACGAUUUCGAACAGAUGCGUAAUCUGAUUGAUACGGAAUAUCCCCGUAAUUGGGAUCCAGAAAAUCCAUUGAACGACGUAGUGAGUGAUAUCGGGGACAGCAAUGGUGCUCUUCCAGUCAUGGAGGACAAUAUUGUGUUUGUUAAUUUAGUGGUGGAAGACAGUACUAAAGACAAUAAUGUGUUUGGUAAUGUAAUGGGAGAAGACAGUAGGGUGCCUGAAAAUGUGGAUGUGCAACAAGAGGAGGUAGUGGUUCAGAGGGAGAGUUCAACCAUUGGAAUUGUUGCUGGUUUUGAAAAUUUGAGAAAUAGAUUUACUCCGAUUGGAUUUAGCCUUGGGUUGGGAGAAAGUCAGGCAACAGCUAAUGGUGUAGAGGAGGGAAGUAGUGAAUGA